GAUAACAAUCUGACCCACGCGGCUUUACUAUGAACUUGGCCUACUUAAUUCACAUUUCGAACUCUGAUUCCUAGGUGGACGGUUCCUCUUUGAAACAAUUCUCGCUUUGUAAAUACUUUUUACCAUCACACUUCGUAUUCCAACGGCAUGGAAUCUGAAAACACUGGCGGUGGAACGUUGGGAUCUGCUAACUCGCUCAUCCCAGCAAAUCAAGACGCUGCCCAAACCAUCCCCAACACAUCGGACAGUCGUCGGAAUAGUCGCAAAAGUAUAGGACUUAAAAACACCAAGUCCCAUGACUCCCCUGACGAUGACGCCACUUCAAUUCUUGACGAUUUCGAAUCUUCUAUGGAAGACCUGGACAAUGAGCCAACAAAUCCUGUAACAAAAUUCUUGGAAUUGCUACAUUCACUCGUUGGAAAUUCUGCUGCACAAAAUCCUUGGCUGAAAGUGGUCGUUAUCGUCGGAUUAUUCCUACUCUACAAUGCUUACAUAAUAACCGCUGUUGCAUAUCAUAUUAGGAACGACACAAACAUUGAAUGGUGUGAAGGUCUCGGUUUUCUCAUUGUUUGCACAGGCCUGGUUUACUUUGGCUUAUUUUAUUACAACUUUGCCAAACCCUACGUCAAGCGCGUCGUUAUAUCCUUGAAUACUAUAAUACAGCCCUUAAUUGCACUCUGGUUCGUGCAACUUGGUCUUAGCCUCUUGGUCCUUGUGGCACUCAUCAUAUUCGUCGUUCUGGACACGAGAGACAAUCGGAAGCGCCUUAUCUCUAGCCUUGGACUGGUAGUGCUCGUCCUUUUGGGGGUCAUCAUUUCCAAACACCCUGGAAGAAUACGCUGGCGUCAUGUAAUUUGGGGGAUGACUCUUCAGUUCCUGUUUGGUCUCUUAAUCUUGAGAUGGUCAACGGGAAGAGAUAUUUUGCAAUGUAUUAGCGAUAAGGUCACCACAUUCCUGAACUUUGCAAAUUCUGGCUCCUCUUUCGUUUACGGUUAUUUGGCUACUGGAUUCAAUACAACGCUAAUGUCUGGAGAUGAGUUUGUCGUCCUACCAGGUGUAUUUGUGUUUCAGUCCCUUUCAGCAAUAUAUUUUCUAAGUUUCUUUAUUGGAAUACUUUACCACUUCGGAACCAUGUCUUGGAUUGUGGCAAAGAUGGGCUGGGUUCUUGAGGUCACAGUUGGAACCACAGCAGCCGAAUCUAUGAAUGCAGCUGCCAAUAUUUUCUUGGGGCAGUCUGAAGCUCCAUUAACGGUAAAACCCUACAUUGGAAAAAUGACCAAUUCCGAACUAAACGCUAUAAUGACGGGAGGGUUCGCAACUAUUGCGGGCACGGUUCUUGGAGCUUACAUCAGCUUUGGAGUGGACCCAUUUCACUUGCUCUCAGCAUCCGUAAUGUCUGCGCCUGCCGCCUUGGCGUAUGCGAAAAUUUUAUACCCUGAAACAAAGAAAUCAAUGACAAAUUCUGCAGAAAUCUAUUCACUUCGUCCAAAGAAAAUGGGGAAUGCCCUUGACGCUGGGACUCAUGGAGCGUCGCAAGGAGUUUUCCUGGUUUUAAAUAUUGUUGCGAGUCUUAUAGCAAUUACAUCGUUUGUCACCAUGCUCGAUGUCAUUAUUAAUUGGUUUGGAGUUCUUGUGGGGAUUGAGGAAUUGACAUUUCAAUGGCUCGUGGCCAAAAUAUUCACUCCACUCGCUUGGGUAAUUGGGAUUGACAAUGAAGAAAUUGAAGAUGUGGCUCUUCUUCUUGGAGUUAAAACUGUGGUGAACGAAUUUGUCGCCUACGGCCAACUAACUCAGCUGUGCUUAUCGCCACGAAGCGUUACUAUUAGCACUUAUUCGUUAUGCUGUUUCGCAAACUUUUCCUCAAUCGGGAUCACGCUUGGAGGAAUCUCAGCAAUGUGCCCUGAGCGAAGGAAUGACCUGACAAAGGUCGUGUUCACCUCGUUUAUUGGGGGCAACGCUGCCGCCCUGCUCACCGCAUGUGUGGCUGGAUCCUUAUCUACAGAUAUCGGAUACGCCGAGUGGUAUCCAACUAGAAACUGCUCCGGUCUCAUAGAAAGUGGGGUAGCCUCCACUCGAGCUUUCAGUGCAUCAAUAUUUCAAACUACAUUUAAUUAAACUGAAGUGCACAAAUUCUAUCAAAUUAUUGAUAAAUAAUUAUUAAACGUGAAACUUAUA